AUGCCAGAAACGUCGGAGAUGCACCCGUCAGCGAAGGCUGUCGAUGGAGGUAGCGCACCUGACACGCCUCAAUAUACGGAAAGAGAUUUAACGGGUCAGCAUGGAGAGAGAAAACGCGGCCGUGAAGAAUACAUGGCAGGGGUGGAGCGCCGCAUCGAAGCGUACGAGAAUUGUGCGACGGCCAUCAUAGCAGCGACAACGUUUCUGCAGGAGCUUAGCGGUCAUUUGAAUGCCAUGCAGCUAUCCACGCAGCAACUGAACGCGUUUACCGGUGGAUGGCUGGCGGUGUGGAAGCGGUCAUCAGCCUAA